AUGAAUAAACUCAUGCUGGCAGAUGAAAUAGCUAUGUUGUUUUCUAACAUCCUGCGUAAAGGAUUGAAGGAGUUACAUAAAGUGAUUUUCAUCGUGCAUUGGAUAAUUCUGUGCGAAAGGGUGGAAAACUCGGGAAACAAGUUAGCCAGAAAGUGCAUCAUCCUGCACACUGAUGUAAAGGAACCGCGUCUUAAGCAGGAUCUGAAGGAUUUGAGUGUUUUGAUAGAAGCUUUACCGUUGAGAUUCACCAUAGCAGGAUUUUACAAAAUCAACAAACAGCUAAUACCAAGCCUUCUGGGCGGCAUCACUUCUUAUUUAAUCAUAUUGAUACAGUUCAGAUUUCAGGGCAACUGUCAAUAA